AGAUCGCGGCGCGAAACCGUACGGAAGAGACUUUCUCACGGAUACCGAGGAGUUUAUUUUUUUUAUUAUCUAAUUUCUUCCUACCUCUUAAGGCCUAUUACAGAAUAAGAUGCUUUGUGCAGCCGUACUCGCUUACAUCAUCCACGCCGUGACGUCAUUAGACGUUAGUGGAAGCGUUCUAGAAGAGGGAGACGCCGGGAAACUAGUACUCGACCUGCACAGUUUUAACUCUGUUCGCAGAUUAAUAGAAACGUCUUACGAGUUUCGCUUAUUAAAUGGCCAUUCUAAUUUCACGCUUUCGGCGGAUGGUUUGAUAAAAACGUCAGCCAAAUUAGAUCGAGAAACGAUCUGUAAAGAGACUGUGUCCAAAUGCUAUGUUACUCUUUCCAUUGUUCUAGUCGGUAGUUCGAAGAAGACGAUGAUUAAAGCAAUAAUAGAAGUUGUCGAUAUUAACGAUAACGCUCCAACCUUUCCGGUUGACCUGUGGAACGUGACGUUCCGCGAAGAUGCAAGUACAGAAAGUAUUUCACCCUUACCAAGGGCUAGAGACGCGGACAACGGCGUCUUUUCUAUACAAAACUACAAACUUACAAAAAAUGAUGGCACAUUCGACGUCGUUGGGGAGGACGGUGACGUCUAUUUAAAGCUGAAGAAAAAGUUGGAUAGGGAAAUAUUUAAAGAGUAUAAUUUGGUUCUAGAAGCAAUAGAUGGUGGAGGUAAAACAGGCAAAAUGUCCCUAAAGGUAAUCGUUAGCGAUUCAAACGAUAAUCGGCCAAUUUUUAAUCCUCGAACGUAUUCGAAAAAAAUCCCUGAGGAUUUCGGAUUAAAUCGAACAAUUUUAACGGUCUUCGCUACUGACUCCGACGCUGGGAGAAAUGGGGAAAUUAUGUAUUCUGUCAGCGAAGAAGUCUCUGAUAGAUUUCAAAUAGACUCAUCUGGAAGAUUACAAUUAAAGAACAAAUUAGAUUAUGAAGCAGUCCAAAGAUAUUCUUUUAGAGUUUACGCCAGGGAUAAGGCAUCUAAUCCUCUCGAAGAUUUUGCUAAGAUUACCAUCGAUGUGGAAGAUGUAAACGAAUUUGAUCCCGAAGUGACCUUGACAGUUCUUACCGAGAACGGAAGAGUGGAAGUGAAAGAAAACAGUCCUAAAAAUACUUUUGUGGCCUAUUACAGAGCACGGGAUAAAGAUGGUUCUAAUAUCAGAGUUUCGUGUGCAUUGGAAGAAACUCAAGGAAAUUUCUAUGAAUCAAACCCUGGAAAUAUUCUAACUACGAAAACUUUCAAUAGGGAAUUUAGAGAUUCUUAUUCAUUCUUUAUCGUUUGUCGAGAUUCUGGUUCUCCUAGAAGAACUACAAAAAAGCUUAUUGAAGUUGAAAUAACGGACGAAAACGAUCAUACUCCAAAGUUGAAUAUUUUAAAUUAUACGGCAUACAUUGAGGAGAAUCUUGAUGAAACAAUUAUUGUAGAAUUAAAAGCUCAUGAUGGAGAUAUUGGAUUGAACGGAGAAGUAACAUUUGAAAUUAAAGAGCCUAUUGAUCUUGUAAAAGUAGAUAAUUCUGGAAUAGUCCGAACAGCGAAAUCAUUAGAUAGAGAGGAUUUAGAUACUUUCUCUUUUCACGUAAUAGCAAGAGAUUCUGGCUCUCCUAGUUUAUUUUCUACAUGCUUCAUAAACGUAAUAGUAUUAGAUAAGAAUGAUAAUGCUCCUGUAUUCCCAAAAGAACGCUUGGAAAUGGAAGUAAUCGAAGAAAGAAAGCCAGGAGAACGUGUUGGCAAAGUUACAGCUAUAGACCCAGAUUUAUACCCCAAUAACAUUACCUUUUAUAAGUUUGUCAGUGGUCAUAGAAAUUUUGCUAUUAACGUAACUACGGGUAUAAUUGAAACCAACUUGAAAUUGGACAGAGAAGAAAGAGAAGAUUAUCUUUUAAUAGUCAAAGCUUAUAAUCCAGAUUAUCAUACUGAAGGCGAUAAAAUAACUGUUCUAGUCAAAGUAUUGGACGUCAACGAUAAUCCUCCUCUAGUCUACGACGCUAAUAUAACAGUGGCUUCUAAUGCGAAAAUUGGCGAAUCUGUCGGGGCAAUAAAAGCGUCCGAUUUAGAUGGUAGCCGCCUUAUUUAUACAAUCGAAUCCGUAAGCGGAGCGGAUAUUUACAGCCUGGACGAGACAUCCGGAAGGAUUGUAGUAAAAGAGGAUUUAGGAGGCUACGUCGAUUACAUCACAACGCUAAGGGUCAAGGUUCAAGAUGGAAAUUACGAGGCUUUUUGUAGCGUUGCCAUUACUGUGUCUCCGGAAACUGCGAAGGCGUCUAAUGACGGCAAACUUUAUGCAAUAAUCGCAAUUAUAUGUGGCACAUUGUUUGUAGCCAUAGCACUUAUUGCAGCGAUUUUAGUACAGUUGAGAAGAAAGCGAAAGAUAAAUAAAUUAAAGAAGGAAGACGAAGAAAAAUCAAUAGAAUAUCCUCAGCCUCCAUCAAACAAAAUUCCUGAUGGCCAAGAGAGAGUACAACAGCUUCUACAAACUUAUAAACAGCACUCAGACAAACAAUCCGACAGUGGACGCGGAUCAAUAACAGAUAUGAAUUUAUCAAUAGAAGGAUCGAAUCGUUAUAGUCCAAGAGCAGUAUCUAAAUCUGAAUAUGAUUCAAGUGACGUGUCGUCAGCUACUUCCGGAGAAUAUACUAUUACAGACAGUACGCUUCUCGAUUCACAAGCGUGUAGCGUAGUAUGAUAAUCGUAUCGAGGAAGAGAGAUAGAACUGGAACCAAUCGAUUCCUCCCUUCCUCGUUGUUUUGUUACAUUAUUAUUUUUUUUACAAUCUGUGUUAUGGACAUUUUUACAAAUUUCUUUCGGCGUCUUUCUAUUUACCUUUUUAUCAAAUGUGAUGUUAUCAAAAAGAAAUAAACUAGUAGGGAGUCGGUAAGAAAGAGGGAGAGAGUGUAUGUGUGUGUAAAAGCCACAUUUCUUCAUCCUGAAGCAUCAAAAAAAACCCCCCUCCUUAUCAAGAUAAUCUCAUCGAUAAAAAGGUAGACGUCGAAUAAAAUGCAAACUUUUUUUAUGAGAAUGAAAAAUAGCAGCGGGGUUUAAUUAUAAGUCUAUUAAGGGCGUAAUUUGACUAACAUUUACGUUAUAUUACAUAAGUGAAUAGCUGCUGCGGGAGUUUUAAAUAUAUAGUCCCUCCCGCGUAAAUGACUGAUUUGUUAGUCCGCCUCACGAGAGAGGUCAAUUGGAAAGAGAAGAAAACAAAUAGAUAAAAACAAAAACCUAAUAUAUACAUAUGUAACUUAUGUGAAUACGUUUUUACAUUGUUUUU